GCGAAGCAAGAGCAACAAAACCAAAUAAGCCAAAAGGAAUCGUAAAUCAGCAUUAUCAGCAAGCAAAAUACUGCUCUGAAUCCUCUCAGUGUCCACAAACUCACGAAAAAUUUUUAGAAUAUUGUAGUUUAAUAUAAAAGUUAUCCUAAGUUGACCCAUGAGUUUUUAUGAACAAGUAAAGUGGUUUGGUGGUGAAUUUUAGUUGUUUUUUGUGUCAUUAAAGUAUAAUUAAUUACAUUUUGAGAAAAAUCCACGAAUCAAAAUGAGCUUACAUAAAGCAAGAAUUCAAGCUUUCCAAGAUGUUUUGGAUCAAGAUGUCAUAGACAUAGUGCAGUUACAAAAAUUAGCAUUUAAUGGGAUCCCAGAUGAAAAAGGUCUCCGUUCAAUUGUUUGGAAAAUACUUUUGCAGUAUGUUCCACACGAAAAAGACAUAAGAGAAGCUACUUUGCAAAAAAAACGACAACUUUAUCAACAGUUUAUAGAUGAAAUCAUUGUGACGCCUGGUGGUCCAACUGACCACCCACUAAACAUAAGUCCGGACAGCUCCUGGAGCACAUACUUUAAGGAUAAUGAGGUCCUUCUCCAAAUUGAUAAGGAUGUACGAAGGUUGUGCCCAGAAAUAUCGUUCUUCCAGUCGGCAACAGAUUUUCCAUGUGAAAAGGUGGUAAACAGUAAUGGCAUGAAACGACUCCACAAACGUGUUGAGCAAUCCGUGCUAACGUAUGCAACCUUGGAGAGAAGGGGACUGGGUGUAUCUAAGCUGAGCAGCGAGAUCCGUCGUUCGGACAGUGCGUCAGGCGACUACGCGCCGUUGCACGAGGGUCGCGAGGCUCACUGGGAAGUGGUGGAACGACUGCUCUUCCUCUACGCUAAGCUCAACCCCGGCCAAGGAUACGUGCAAGGCAUGAACGAGAUCAUCGGCCCGAUUUACCACACAUUCGCCAGCGAUGCGGACAAAGAAAACAGACAACACGCGGAAGCCGAUUGCUUCUUCUGCUUCACGAACCUGAUGGCGGAGAUCCGGGACUUCUUCAUCCGGACGCUGGACGAGACUGAGAGCGGCAUCAACUACAUGAUGAGCAAGCUGAGCCAGUGCCUCCGGAAGAACGAUCCUGAUGUUUGGAACCAGCUGGAGACGCAGGAGCUGCGCCCGCAAUAUUACAGUUUUAGAUGGCUGACGUUGCUUCUCUCGCAAGAAUUCUCGCUGCCCGACGUCGAAAGAAUUUGGGACACUUUAUUUGCAGAUAACAACAGAUUCAGUUUCCUCAUAUACAUCUGUUGUGCCAUGAUAUUGUUAGUACGAGAUAACUUGCUGAACGGUGAUUUUGCUUCCAACGUGAAACUCCUACAGAACUUUCCACCAAUGGACGUGUCUCUAAUCUUAAACAAAGCAGUCGAUAUAUCUCAUGUAUAACCAACCCCCCACCGUUUUGUACAAAUAUUUUAUAUUCUUAUACGUUUUAUACAACGAAAUUUACAAAGCAUUUAUACACUUAUGUAUGUUUUUGGCAGUACCUUUCGAUGUUUCGUAGAUUUUUUGGAUAUUUAAGCUAUGUUUGUAUUGGAACUUAUGAUAGAAAGAUCUUAAGGCUAUAAUGUAUUUUACUACUUAUAAAAUUUCUGAUAAGUAACGUGCUUUAAAUGACAAUAUGAGAUAUUGCAUAAUACGUAUUUUGUUAUAACCAUCACAAUAUUUAAUGCCAUAUCAUUUUGAACCGUAAUUUAUUUUGGAAAAGUGACAAAAUUAUUUUUGGUCGAGUUGAAAGUUAAUGAAAACCAACCAUAGACGUAAUUUUCUAGGUUAUUAAAUGUGCAAUUUAGCAUUAGACAAAUCUACGUUAUAUUUUUUUUUAUUCAACAGGUACGUAAUUAAAUACGUAAAUGUUACGUGGGUACACACAUUGUACGUUUUAAUAAAAAUAUUUACUUAGGUACUCUUUAUUUCAUAAUCAUCAUGAAAACAUUUUUAACAAAAAAUGAAAAAUCUUUAUUGUUUAUGUUCGCUUAAACCCGACUGAUUGCAGCUUUCCUUUUUUUAAGCGAAGUAUUUCUUCCAAAAACUUUUUCCAUAGACAAACAUAAUACAUUUAAACACUCCUUUUAAGAGCGUUUACGUCUAGCGUGGCAUGUCAAGUUUAGGUAAUUU